AACGUUUCCUGAAACAGUCGUUUUCCCUUGUCUGUAUCCCGUACAAAGCACAGAUGAUAGUCAUGAUUAAUGAUGCUAUCGCUUUUAAGAGCUAACAUCAUUGAUUUUAAAGCCUCAUAUAUUUGAAAGCAGAAAUAUUUAUAGGAACGUGUGUUUAGUACAGGAUUAAACAGAGUUCCAAGUGCCAGUUAUGUGUGUGUUUAUUUUAUAUCCCUUUCUUUACUUUUCACGGUGCAAUCAUUAUGAAUGGGUCAGAGUUAAUAUUGAGAUGUUUUUAUGGUGGAGAAUUGAAGCAGGUGGAGUGAGCAGAGUUGAAAGGUCACAAUAUCACAGGAUUUCCCAAGAUCAGAAAGCAAAAAAGACACAAAUGUAGAUCCAUUAUAAAAUGAUAGGUCAUACAUUGUAAAAACCACAGGCCUGCAAGCAAGAAUGGAAGAUGUACAGUACAGUAGCCAGCUAAAAGGCAAGCAAGCAUCAAAAGAUGUCAAGACCACGAUCAAGAUCUCCCCGAUAUAAAUACAGGUCUAUUUCACCUUCGUUUAGAAGAAGCCCAGAGUGCUAUGUAGAGAGGCCUUUUGUCAAGCACUAUGGUGAUGACUUUGAGGACUGUAAGAAAGGCCCUGGAAAGCACGAACAAUGGAAAGGACCAAAGGAUAAAGACUUCAGACAAGGUAGCUCCAGAGUGUCCCAGCAAGAUGACACCCGGCAAAAAUAUUUUGAUCACAGGCCCCCUGGGCCAGAUGCAAGAAGAACCCAAUCUGAAGGCUUCCAUGGACCCACCACACACAGGAGACCUCCAUCCCCAGAGCCUUUCCGUGGACCCACAACCCAAAGAAGAUUCCCCUCUCCAGAACAAGAAAGGGUAAGGGGUCGCCCUGCUCCUCCUCCUGUGUACCCCUCUCCAGGACAAGAAAGAGACAGAGGCCGCCCCGCUCCUCCCAGGUACCCAGAAGAGGGCCCCCCGAGGGAGUAUGAGAGGAUACGCUUCCAGGAGCACAGACUGGCCAGGAGCAAGAGCCCCAGGAGAGAGAUCAAUAGAGGGAAGCCUUUCAUUCGCCCAGCACGGGGAGAAAACUGGCAGGAAGGGAAAGAUUUUGCACGAGAAGAGAGGUAUUCAGUUUCUCCUCCUCGAAGAGGCUUUGAAGAGUAUCACAGAAGGAGCCCCUAUGAAGAGAGGAACAGGAACCAAGCUGUUCAGCCUGGGUAUCCUGCGGAACGAGGUUUCAGAAAGCACAGCCGCUCGGCAGAAAGAGCUCGAGAUACGGAACGCUAUGAGGAACGGGAACCGCGCAGGAGUCCCAAAUGGAAACCAGACCGCUCCUCCGCUCCAUAUCCCAAAGAGGGACCCGGAGACUUUGCACAUGGGCGUCAUGUGCCGUACUGUGAAGAUAAGUCGCCUGCGAUGGUAGCAUUUGAGUACGGCCACAAGCAUCAGCGAGAAACUUCACAAGACAAAUAUGUGAAGCCCAGAAGUUUCCCAAGCAGAGAAGGGGGUGGUUACGUGGUCCCUUCGCAGAGUGAUGGAGGGAAUGGCUUCAGAAGUGGUAAGAUGAGACUGCCCGGGGACCCAGAAAGCCGAGUGUCCCCAAUGCACCACGCCGAGGACAGUCGCUUCAACAGCGGCAAGACGAGGCCAGCGGUGGACCGAGAACGGAAGGCGUCUCCAACGCGCCGUGGCAACACAAAGAAGUUUAACGAUAACCCUGUCCACAAAGUCCACAAAAAAGACGUGGACCUGAGACCCCCACUCCCCGAGCAGGAGAGAAGAGAAAGAAAAUUCAGCGAUUUUAAUUCUUUAAACACGCACCGCAGAACAGACUUGCAAGAGAAGACCUUCCGGCAGGGGGAUUUAAAAUUCCCUGGCCCACAGAAGCCAUAUGUGCCUUCUGACAGCCAUGAGAGCAGCAGGGGAGAGACGCUGACCAUCAAAGUGGACAUGAAGCGUUCAAUGACCAAGUGCAGCCCUGCACGCCACUCCACAGACCGGCAGCUGUCCCAGGAUUUGGUUGCUGUCAGUAGAAGAGGUUCAGAGUUCCACUCCGUGUUGAAGCACACAGGCUCUUCAGGACGAGAGCUGCGUAGCCCCCAAACGGGAGGCUUUGCCCAGGAUAUCAUCACGCUGGUGCACCAGGUUAAAGAAAGCUACUUCAAGAGUAAUGAAGGUCUAACUUUAAACGACCGCUUUUCAAAUAUACACGACGCUCGCACUGCCAUGCCAGAGGGAGGGAAACAGCACUCGGGCCCGGAGAUAAACAGACGCAUUGAUUUAUCCCUGUCGGACCUCCAGAAGAACAGGAUGAACAAGAGGAUUGGACCCUUGCAGACGUGCUCCAGAGUAAUCGAUGACCCGAAUGAUCUCCGGCACGAUAUUGAGAGGAGAAGGAAAGAGAGGCAGCUGGAUAUCGAUGAGCGCGUCCCGGAUCACAGGCAUUUCUCUGGAAGAAACCAGAAUGGCUCUGGUUUUACAAGAAGAAUUCAAGAAGAAAACUUCUUCCCAGAACCGAACCAGUUUGAGCUCUCCCCGGAGAGAUAUUCAGACAGGUCUCCAGUCCUGGGCGGUUUUCACCCGGAGGGCCCCACCACAAAACCUCCUUUUGUUCGGAAGAAGCCAUUCGAGGGGAACCCAGGAAGCUUCAGGCCCAUCAGAGGGUCUUUGCGGGGUAACAGACUUCCACAUCAGCAGAAACCUGGUUUUGUCCAGGCAGGUUUGAGCAUACAGUCCAAGUACAGGCGCCUGCAAAGCAUCCGUCAGAAUGGGCCAGGCUACAGGGGCAUCGGCUACAGGAUCAACAGGAGCGAGAUGGGACCAAUCGGUUAACCUACUGAUUUGAAGUCUUCAAGUGGUAAAACCAUUAUCUUGAAAAAAAAAAAAAAUCUGAGCAAGAUGUAUUAAUGGAUUGAGUCUUUAACAGUUACACUCAGGCCUGUGUGUUGUGAAAGUUCGUGUUCAGGGACUUUGAACAAGCGGAACCAUCCUGAGUGCAUGUCAGCGGUCCUGUUGAAGGGGUAUUGAAAACAGAGAUAACAAAGACAUUUGAAAUUGAACUUGUUCCUGUUUUUCUGUAUGUAUGGGAGGGGAUGUGGAGAUAAUUCAUAGAUGCAACUUCAAAAGCCUCCUGGUUUAUUUCUAAUGAACUCUAUAUGGAACUCAAAAAACACGUUCUCAAAGAAAACACUUUUGUUCUGUGUAAGCAGUUAGUUUUCUGUUUCCGUGUGUGAGUGUGUUAUGUUUUUACUGGAUGCAGUAUUUGCCUGAUGGGUUUGUAAUCAGGAAGAUGUUUCGCUAUUGAAGUUUGUUCUCUUGGAUUUUACAUGUGCUUUGGUGGCACAUAGUGUAGCACACAGGCUUGGCCGUCGAUUUGCUUACACAUUCUGUAGCAUGUGUAAAUUGAGUUACCGUAGGGCAGUGGUUCUUAAACUGGAGUCUAGGGAACCCUGGGUGUCUGUAGAGGUUACCCAUGGGUCCCAAGAAAAUUGUUUAAAAUGUCAUGCAUUAAUGUGUGAAAAGUGGGAUUUUGCUUCUGUAGUGAGAGGGCAGGCAAUGUACAUUAAACACUACUUUCACUGCAGUACAGUGGGUUUAUUUUAAUUUUUUUAAAACUUUGUUAGUGUGGGAAUUCCUUAGCAAAAUAGUCUGGUUCAUGGUGACCUACUUUUUCGUGUAGUCUGGCUUGUGAUUGAUUGGUUUAUGAAGGCUCUUCAGAAAUGUAGCAGCAAGGUAGUGAAUUUACUUCAUGCCUUAGUGGCUGGGCUAUCGCUGGCUACACUGAGUUAUCAGCUGAAUUAGAUUGCAUUCUGCAAGUCUGUCUAUGCUGUGAAUGCAGGUCAUGGUGUCAUUUUUCCAUGGACGUGGUACCUCUGAUACUGAUGAAUAGUUAAAAUAACUUUUUCCUUGGAAAUGAAACCACCCUCGGUGUAGGUUCUCUCAGAUGGGGCAAGUUAAUGGUUUCUCAUAUUGAGAAUGCACACGUACUGUGAGCGAGCACUGCCACGCAACUGUUUCUGAAUAAAGCCGAGCGUUGUCUUAUGUGCACAGGAAAGCAAUGUAGAUUUCAAGAUGUUUCAGGGCAUGGGUGGAAGAAACACAUGCUCUGCAGCGUAACACAGGGACCAAGGGAAGGGCAGCCCAGCAUCCACAAAGAGCAGGGCUUCCAGAGCCUUUAGGACUUCUCUUGAACCAUGUGCAUGUUGUUCAUCCCAGUACAGGGACAGAAACUCUGUGGAAUGUCUGUACGUGUUGAAAGGGGUGUCUAGAAUACAUUGUGCCAGAUCUAUCGAGGUCUUUACAACACAAUGCAAUCUGCAUUUGGGUGUUGUAGUCUUUAAAUUUGCCUAAUGCUGCAGUGAACUAUUUGACACUCACAAAAAAGGCCGAUUGCAUCUCCGUCAUUACCUUGUGUCUGCAUUUUUAUUUAUACCGGUUAUAUUUAAGAAUUUUUCGCCCCAUGUUCAUGCAUUAGUAAAAUGUCACAUUUGCAGUUUUCUAUCUUUUGACUGUAAUGAAUGAUCUUUGCUAUGCAUAUGUUUAAACCAUUUGUUAUUCUUGUUUGUGCCCAAAUAAGUUAAAAGCUUAUAGGCAACAUGUUGUUUUGUAUGCUCUAGCUGUCUACAGCCUAAUAGCAGAUGUUUUUUAGCCUGCAUUGAAAUCAUUUUGCAAGAUGUUUUGCAAAGAAUGGAAGUAAAUGAAGAAUCUUAAGACUUCAGCAUUCUACUUGAAGUGCUUUUGCAGAACAGAUGAUAUGUGGGGGUGGGGUUGAAGCAAUCCAAUAAAGUGGGAGUUACAAA